AGCGACCUAGAGCUUCAGCAAGAUGGUUGCGUUAGAUCUCCAAGACGGAGAUUCCUCUGCCAUCAGAUGUCUUUCUGCUUGACUGAACUACACCUGUGGUCCCUGAAGAGUACCUUGCACAUUGCGGAUAGAGACAUCGGCGUCUACCAGUACUAUGACAAGAAAGAUCCACCAGUGUCAACAACAGAGUAUGGUAACUUAGAGGAAAAACAAAGGCUGGCAGAAUCACGAGAUUAUCCUUGGACACUCAAAAAUAGACGCCCAGAAAAACUUCGAGAUUCACUGAAAGAGUUGGAGGAACUGAUGCAAACCAGUCAGUGUGUACUGAGCAAAUGGAAGAACAAAUACGUCUGUCAGCUCCUCUUUGGUUCAGGUGUGCUGGUGUCCCUAAGCCUUUCCGGGCCUCAGCUGGAGAAAGUGGUGAUUGACAGAAGCCUGGUGGGGAAGCUCAUCUCAGACACCAUCAGUGAUGCUCUUCUUACAGACAGUUUCAUCAUCUUAUCAUUUUUGGCACAAAACAAACUAUGUUUUAUUCAGUUUACAAAGAAGAUGGAUUCUCUUGAUGCAAAUAAGAGAUUGGAAAAACUCUCAGCCUUGGAUUACAAGAUUUCCUAUUAUGACAUACCUGGUCCAGCAAACAGGACACUAGAGCGUCACUUAGCUAUCAAUUCCAUUCAGGAUGUAGUUGUUUGCUGGUGGCCGCUGGUCAGUGAUGGCGCUUGGCCUUGGACUCCAAUCUCUUCUGAGAAGAACAGAGCCAAUCUCCUGCUCCUGGGUUUUACUCAAGGAGGACUGCAGGUUUUGAGCUCUGUUCGCACAGAAGGGAACCCUCUGGAUGUUCACUUUGGCACCUCGCAGCCUUACCAGGUGUGCACAGUGGAGUGCUCCAUCAGUGUGGACCAGGAGCCCAUGGCUGACAGCUGUGUCUAUGAAUGCGUCCGGAACAAACUCCAUUGCAUGUCCGUUACCAGAAUACCACUAAGAGCGAAGGCCAUCAGCUGUUGCAGGAAUCCCACUGAAGACAAACUGAUUGUGGGCUGUGAAGAUUCUUCAGUAAUUCUCUAUGAAGCUCACCGUGGAGUGACUCUCUUGGCCCAGGCUGAACUUCUGCCCUCAUUAAUAAGCUGCCACCCAAGUGGUGCCAUUCUGCUAGUUGGCAGCAACCAAGGGGAACUGCAAAUUUUUGACAUUGCUCUAUCCCCUAUUAACAUCCAGCUCUUGGCUGAAGAUCGCUUACCCAGUGAGACUCUGCAAUUCAAUAAAUUCUUUGAUGUUUCAAGCAGUCUUGUACAAAUGCAGUGGAUAGCUCCUCCUGUUGUUGCCCAGAAGCCUGAAAGAGGAGAAAUCUAUGAUCUCCUCUUCCUCAGGUUCAACAGAGGACCUGUGGGUGUCCUGUUGUUUAAACUUGGUGUCCUGACUGGAGGACAGCUGGGCCUGGUGGACCUCAUCUUCCAGUACAUCCACUGUGAUGAGGUGAAUGAGGCAAUAAGCGCCCUGAGCAGCAUGAACUGGGACACGCUGGGCCAGCAGUGCUUUGUCUGCAUGAGCGCCAUUGUGAACCAUCUCCUUAGGCAAAGGCUCACUCCAGAGAGAGAAGCACAACUUGAGGCAAGCCUUGGAACCUUCUAUGCUCCAACAAGACCACUCCUGGAUGCCACUGUCUUGGAGUACAGGGACCAGGUCAGCAAGUAUGCCAGGAGAUUCUUCCACCUCUUGCUCAGGUACCGGAGAUUUGAAAAGGCCUUUCUCUUAGCUGUUGACAUUGGUGCUCGUGACCUGUUUAUGGAUAUUCAUUACCUUGCCCUGGAUAUGGGUGAACUGGCCCUGGCUGAAGUGGCAAGAAGAAGAGCAUGUGACAUUGAUGUCACGUCGGUGUCCUCUGGAAUCGAACUCCUGGGCCCCUUGGACAGAAGAGACAUGCUAAAUGAAGCUUUUGCUGGCCCAGCUUUAACACCUGAAGAAGAAGACACAUUUCCAGAUCUUCUUCCUUCCGUUGGCUCCAAGCACAGGCAUGCUAUUCAACAGAAAGUACCAAAUGGCCCUUCUAACAGACAGACAAUUGAAAGGAGUGAGCAGGAGGGGAAGGCCUGCACUGACUCUUCAGUGACCACCACCUCAGGUGCGGAAGGUAAUGGAACUCAGGUCCCACAGAGGACGAUGGGAGUGGUGUGCUCAUAUCAGGAGUUCCUGUAG